AUGGCUUUCGGUGAUCGCGGAGGUCGUGGCGGCGGAGCCCGUGGUGGUGGACGUGGCGGAUUCGGUGGCGGACGUGGCGGCGCUGGUGGUGGCCGCGGUGGCUUCGGUGGCGGUCGUGGUGGUGCCGCUGGUGGCCGUGGUGGCUUCGGCGGUGGCCGUGGUGCUCCCGGUGGCCGCGGUGGUCCUGGUGGCCGUGGUGGCGGACGUGGUGCUCCUGGCGGCCGUGGCCGUGGUGCUCCUGGUCGUGGCGGUCGUGGUGGUGCUCGUGGCGGCGGAAAGCCCGGUGCCCGUGGUGGUUCCAACGUCAUCGUCAAGCCUCACCGACACGCCGGUAUCUUUGUCGCCGAGGGCAAGGAGAUGCUCCUCGUCACCAAGAACAUCGCCCCCGGCGAGUCGGUCUACGGCGAGAAGCGCAUCUCGGUCGAGACGCCCGGUGCUGGCGCUGACGGCACCACUGCCAAGACCGAGUACCGUGUCUGGAACCCCUUCCGAUCCAAGCUUGCCGCCGGUGUGCUCGGCGGUCUGGACAACAUCCACAUCGCGCCAGGCAAGAAGGUGCUCUACCUCGGUGCUGCCAGCGGUACCUCGGUCUCGCACGUUGCCGACCUGGUCGGUCCCGAGGGCAUCGUCUACGCCGUCGAGUUCUCGCACCGUUCGGGUCGUGACCUGAUCAACAUGGCCAAGAAGCGCACCAAUGUCAUCCCCAUCGUCGAGGACGCUCGUCACCCGCACAAGUACCGCAUGCUCGUCGGCACCGUCGACGUCAUCUUUGCCGACGUUGCCCAGCCAGACCAGGCGCGUAUCGUGGCGCACAACGCCGAGUCGUUCCUCAAGAACGAGGGCCACGCACUCAUCUCGAUCAAGGCCAGCUGUAUCGACUCGACAGCACCCGCCGAGGCAGUCUUCGCCGCCGAGGUCAACAAGUUGAAAGGCAUGAAGUUCAAGCCCCGCGAGCAGCUUACGCUCGAGCCAUACGAGCGUGACCACGCCAUGCUCGUCGCCCAGUACCAGCGCCACAAGGCAUAG